AUGAAGUUCAUUUUAGCGCCAUUAGCGACCGUGGCCACGUUGGCCAGCCUGGUCGCAGCAGCAGCCCCCGACAACGAAAAGACGAUCGACUACUCGAAAUACGCCAUCAAAGGCCCUACACCCGUGUUGUCGAGCUCCUCAUGCCCUCCACCGGCCGCACCUUCCCCUACAGGCUCCACUACAAGGACCCAAAAAGACAACAAGUACGACCUCUCGGUUGCUAAGGAUGCCGAGGAAGCCCUUGCGGCUGCUGGGGAAGAUGGAUCGGCGAUUGGAAAGAUGGCUGGCGCGGAGUAUGCGACUCUGGAUCUUGAUUCCAAGGUCUCGAUGUCGGUCUACCUGGACAAGGACGGCAAGGUCGUACGCCUUGUCCGCAACCUCCGCCGCAAGUUGGACCCCAACACGCCCGGUAUUGAGGACUUGAAGGACCCCGGUUCGAUGGUGGCCCAGGUCCUUUUGAACAAGUUGGCCCUCGAAGGUCCUGAUGCCCUUGAGGAUGCCAAGAAUGACCCCAACAUGGUCAAGAUCUUGGAUGGCCUCUAUGACUCGGCCUAUAAAUACUAUGAAGAGAAGGCUAGGUUAGAGGCCGAGGUUGCCGAGGAGGAGAAGCAAAACCAAGCUGGCAAGAAGGAGGAGCGCCACAAUAAGCCUCACCACCACCACCACAAUAAGGCCCCUCACAAGAAGAAAAACUAA